CGACCCCAAACGCACUACUACCUCACCCCUCGAGUCGAGCACUCCCACAUCCUUCCGAGACAAAGAUGUUCCCCGCUCUUGCCCAAUCCUCCCGUGUCGCCGCUCGCCAGGCGCCCGUUACCAUCAAGCGAGGCUUCGCUGCCGCGGCCAAACACGGUCAUAAUGCCAUGCCCGCUCCGCCCGCUGAGGUCUAUCCCCUCCUUGCCGUCGUCGCUGUCGGCAGCGGCUUCGGGAUCUAUUCCGGUGUCAAGGCGUGGGUUAAGGAGGAAGACAGUUUCACUCAUCAUAGGAGCACGGGAAACGAGCAUAUGAAGUAUUGAAGGCUUCUGGACGACUUGCUUGGGGGGAACUGCGACUGAAGUUCGGGAUGGAGGAUAGAGUAUACCACCCCCUUGCUUGGAGGAACGGACUGUACGAUCAUAAUGCUGCCUAGCGGUCUUGAUUCUUGUUCUAUUUCCUUUUGUUUUGUAUGUAUGUAUGGAUAGAAGCUCUUUGAAUUGAUCGAUCAA